ACUAGGUAAGUGCCGAGAAUUUCUUGGAGGAAAAAAGCUUAAAAGACACUGCCAUUCUAGCCCGCAGAGAUUUGGUUAUUGCAGCAACUUCAGUUCACAUAGUUUUGGACCCUCCAAGCUUUAGUUUCAUUCAAAUCCAAAACUCGAGACACAUCUAAGUGACUUUUGCUCAGCUUUGCUGCAUCACCUAUGGGCGAGAGGGGUUUCAUCCAACAGGGGGAGAGGGGACAAGUGGGUGGCACUGAACAGGAACUCAGCUACUCAGGAGACAACGGUCACAUAAGAGAAAGACGGAAUCACUCCCUCUCCCUAUGGGAGGAAUAAGGAGAGGAGAGAAGGUCCUGGAGUGAACUGGUCACAUUUGAUGCAUUUGUUUCUUUGAGGCAUUCUGAGGUUUAAGAGGUUUCACACUUGGGGUGCAGGGGUUUUAGCACAUUGGUGGCACUUUGGACUUCUUUGUGUACUGAACUUCUCGAGAGGGGAUGAAGCAGGAAGAGGAGGAGGUGGUUGUGAGGACAGAGGAAGAGGUUGGUAACGCAGCAGGGCGAAGAGGGGCAGUGCCCACCCACACACACCAUGGCAGAGGAGUGAGAUUUUCUGAGGUGUGGGAGUACUUCCACAUUGCCCCACCCCGGACUGGUCACCACCCCAGCCAAUACGCUGCCUGCAGGCUGUGCGGCCGACAGGUCAGCCGUGGUCCAGGGCUCAACGUCGGGACCACCGCUCUGUGGAAACACCUGCGGAGCAUGCACAGAGAGGAGCUGGAGAAGAGCGGGCACAGGCAGGUCAACCAAUGCCCAGUGGCGCACCUGCCUCUGGUGCAGCACCAGCCGGCUGCAGAGGGGGAAUGGGCUCAGCUCAUGGCGCAGAUGGGGGCACUGGCUCUGCGUGCCAGCCAGCGGGAGAGGGACGUGGAGAAGAGGGAGAAGGCCGUGGAACGCAGGGCAAGGGCCGUGGAGCGGCGCGAGAGGGCCGUGGAGCGGCGCGAGAGGGCCGUGGAAGAGGAGGAGAGGUCUCUGACAGAGAGGGUGCUGAAGAUGAAGGCUGAGGAGGUUCAGGUGCGGUUGAAAGGCACAUGCGAGAGGGAGAGCGCCCUGGCCUCAGCUGCUGAUCUCCCCAUGCAUUUUGUGUAGGAAUACUUGGGCUUUAGGCCCAUGUUGGGAGACUAAGAUCAACACCCAGGCAGGUGACUAAAGCAAUAUUUUAAGACCUGGUAUGAACGGUCUGGACUGUGUUCCAGGCCUCUGACCUGCAAAACAGAACCACCAAUCUCCCUGAUUCCCUUCAGCCUCCGACAGCCUCCUUCCGAAACAAAAAGGCACGGCUCGUGUGUUCAAAGCUGGGUCCCAGUUUCUGACACUGGGGAACACAGAGCUCCACCAGGCACAAGCUGUCUCAACAAGGCCCCACCACAAGCAAUGCUGCGGGUAGACUCAGCCGGUCAUGGCCUGAGCAGGCCAACAAUGUGGUCAGUCAAACCUUUGGUUAUGAGACAAGUUUGAAACCAAACCGAAGUCUCAGAAGACAUCUGCCUAUGCAGAGAGGACACAGAGGAUCUGAUGACCCAGAAAAGAUUCCAGUGAAACUCCGUUAGUUUCCAUUACAAGGCUCAAAACUAACCUAGCCAAGUUUCGCACAAGUUUCAGGCUAUGCAAUAAAGUCCUCAUGCCACUUUUACUGAUAUUGACUUGGACCACAAAAAUAUUUCUUCAUCUUGUUUUCUUAGGCAUGCCUGU